AUGGGUAACACCAUAGGCGUGGAAUGUUCAUUCGGUCAUGUUCAUGUGACGAGUAUUUUAAUAAAUGAAAAAAUUAGAAAAAAAAAAAAUGCAUAUAGUUUGAUUGGAAACACGUGUAGCGACGUUUCUAAGAAUAAUUACAGUGAUAAUAAUAAUGGGGGAUUGAACAAUAUAUGUAGUAAUAAUUAUGCUUCACCAUAUGAGAAGAGAAAAGAAAAAGAUGAAUUCAAUACACAUGGUAAAUCAAACAAUGAUUAUUUAAAAAUGCAAAAAGAUAUGUUUGUAUAUAUGCUAAAUAUAAAACAUAUUAUUGAAGGUGAUGUCCAAAUGGCUGUAUUAAAAAAUAAUGCGGAUAUAUGCGAACAUGCACAAUUUUCGCUAGCUCAUUUAACCAACUUUUUUAAAGGGGAAGAAAAGAAAGACUUGCUUGAUUGUUUUCCUAUUUUUAAUAAUUUUGUGAAAAGCGAAGUGGGUAUCAAUAUACAAACAGAUGAAGCGAUAAAAGUAGACAUAUAUGGAAAGAGCACUAUACAUAUGGACAAUCACGGUGAUGCUAUUAAUACUCUGAAAGGUGAGGAUGAAAUAGCCCGAAUUUAUUUCUUUACUGUACAGGUAAAACAUAUUGAGGAAGCUCUGUUUAAAUGUACCAAAGACAUAAUAAAAAACGUAGCAGUAAAUUUAACGGGGGGACAAAAUUAUUAUAUAGAGAUCAAAUUAAGAAAACUAAUAGAACUUAAAAGUAUGCACUAUCAUAAAGAAAUAAAAUGCAUACAGAGUGCCAUAAACUUUUUAAAGAAAUUUUAUCCUGGUUGUCUGUAUCAUUUCUUAAUGUCAAAAGAGAACAAUGAAGCAGUCAAGAAUGGAGGAGAUUCCAUAAAUGAUAGAAAUAAACUAAGGGAGCAUCUUUUGAACAAAGAAGAAGCUGGUAAUAUAUGCCCCUAUCUAAUAGUAAAUGUAAAACGAGGUAUUAGCUAUCACCUAGUUAAUGAAAAGAAUAUUAUACAACGAAUUGGUAGUUGCUUUAUUAGUUAUAAGACUAUUCAAAAUUUAUUUUUUUUAAUAACUGGAAAAUUUUGUUCCUUACAAAGAAUUUGUAAACUGGCUAUUAAUGGGAUAAAUCGAACUUUUGAUAUGACUGUUGGUGAUAUUUAUGGUACAUCUUAUGGCAAUGCGGGUUUAAGUAGCGAUCUAACUGCGUCCUUUUUUGGUAAUGCUCAACAUAUAUCCAACAUUAAAAGCUUAUUUAACUGUUAUGAUGCGGAUGUGGAUGAGGAUGAAAAAGAAAAUGAAGACCAUGUUGAAGAAGGGACAAAUUCAAAAGGGGAUAGUAAGGCACUGAUAAAUACCCAUGAAGACGUGGCUAGCUCUACUUUUGAAACAAGUACAUGUGCUUAUUUUAGUGAUAGUAGCAUAAGUACACUUACUGGAAGUGAUAAUAGCAGUACCCAUUUUUUUACUUCAAAAACUCACAAUAAUUUGGCGUUUAAAUAUAUGAAACGGAACAAUAACAGCGGUAGACCUUUUUUUUUAAAUUUUUAUAGCCAUUCUAGUUAUACAUAUGAGAGCUGCAUAACUGAGCAGGUAAAACCAAUAUUGCAAAAGGAGGGUGAAAAAGAAGAAGCAAAUACAUUUCUGAGGAAUUCCAUAAGUGAUACAGAAUUAAGCUUAAAUACGCAGGAAAAAAUAAAAUGUAUUAAAAGGGGGGUAAAUAAAAAUAUUACUAUGAAUAGCUACGAAGACAAACGAGGUCUUUACCCCUUAUUAAAUAAAAAAUUUAAUGGAUUAAAAAUUAACCCCUUAACGAACAUGCGAAAGUUCGAACAAAAUUCUGAGCAAAUCAGAAAAAAAAAUUUUAACAAAGUAAUAAAUUGUUGUUCAGGAAAAAAUACAUUUGAAAAGAUAAAGUGCGUGAAUGAAAAUAAGAGUGAACAGUCUAGUGCCAAUAACGAGUACGGUGAGAUAAAUAAUUUUUUUUUGGAAAAUAAAAAUGAAGGCGCUGAGAACAGACUUUUCAUUAAUAACAAUAUUGGCAAUAAAACUCAUUGCAGGAAAAAAAAGCGUACAGUGAAAUUUAAUAAAAAGGAAUGCGAUUUGAUGAAAUCGUUACUGUCUAUGGUCAUAUUUAACUCAGCACAGCAGUCAUAUAUACAUAGUUACUUAUAUAAUGUGAAGCACAUUGUUUUUUCAGGUAUACUUUUGGACAAUGAAGCUUGUUUACAACUGAUGAAAAUUUAUAUAACGUUCAUGUAUCAUAAUGAGCAGAAAUUAUAUUUUACCAAAGUUUCUCCUUAUGUUAGUAGUUUAGGGGCUGCCUUGCAAAUGUUAAGCUGUUUUAUCUGA